UUUCAUUUCACUAUUCUUUCCCCCCUUUUUUUUUUUGCUAUUUCUCAUUCUUAUCGCGCGCCACAGUGAAAUUCGUUUCACAUAAACAACGCCUCCUGAGUUCACCCAACCCCUUCUCCAGUUAUUACUAUUGUUUUUUUUCCUUUGGAACAUCCUUGAUUUCCGCUCAACCGUAUAUUAUGCCUUCCGUUCAUCAUCUGAAGAUCAUGCAAGACUCACUCAUGAAAACGACUGAUCCUUGUCUCUCCGGGGAUGAUUCAUCAUUAAUGUCACCUCCCCUCACUCCUACGGAGACUUAUCAAUCCAUUGCCAAAUUACCCUGGCAACGCAGUCGCCACAGUUCAUCCAAUGGCGAUCAUUAUGCCGUGAGCCCGUCGUCGUCGUCCCCGUCAUCGUCGCCUUCUUUCCGUAAGAGGAAAAGUAAAAAGUUCAUUCAAACCUACGCGGAUAUGGUUCAUUUUCUGAAACCGCCCAAAGACGCUGACCGCCGCGGGUUGGCCACGGACCGACGACCCAAUUAUGAACGGGCGUUUAUGUUGAAUGUCUUUGAAGCCCUGGAAGCGGGUUACAUUCACCACCAGAGGACGGAGAUCGAUGGCGGUGCUGAAAACAAGGACUGUACCAUGUUGGACAAGGACGUCGUACAACCCGACAAAAAGAGAAAGCAGCCCAUGUCCAGCAGGCCCGUCUCUGCUGAUACCAAGAAAAAGCGUCGCGUUUCAACCGCCAAAAUCAUCUCUACCAUUGCUACCGAACGGCGGUCCAGUGAAGCUUUGCCCCGGAAGGAAAAGGUCGACACCGCCGCCGUCUACGAUACAGUGGAUAUUGACCGUGAUGAUCCAAGCCAAUAUCCUCCCAAUUGGUAUCCUCAGCCAACAGCAUUGGAUCAAAUUCCCGUCAAGGUUUUUUGGAAAGGUGCUCCGCUUUCCAUUGACCAUCUUCCUUAUUACCAGCGUCUGCAUUCUGUUGAGGCCACCAUUGCAUCCACGUUAAGGUUGUCACCCAUUCAAUAUCUGCGAUGCAAGCGCACACUGAUCUUGGCAGCAUAUGAAUACAGUCAUCAGAAUGUAGCCUUUCGAAAAUCCGACGCACAAAAGCUCAAUCGUGUGGAUGUCAACAAAACAAGCGCUCUUUGGACCGCCUUUGGUGAACUGGGAUGGCUUGGCCCAAAUUGGCCCAAUUAAUUUCUUUUCUCUAUACAUGUCGCUAUUUAUUUAUUUAUAUGACCUAUUUUUUUUAUUCCCCUUUCUGUAAACCCUUUUUUUUAAUACCCUCCCUUCUUUGUUCUACUCAUCGUUGAAAAAGAGAAAAAGUAUAAUUUAUAUGUAGCAUACCAAAAAGUCAAUCUUGACUAAAAUAAGACUGAAACAAAAU